UGUCUUUAGCGCGUAGAUUAGUUUCGGAAUCUCGGAUGUGUGUUCCAUAUCAUGACUGAGGAUUUAAUGCUUUGUGUGAUUAAAAACUAGUAUUGAGAAAUGUUUAAAGUUUGGGAGAAAGGUGUUGAUCUGUAUGAAAAUAUGAGACUAAAUAAAUGUUUAUGUAUGAAUUCAACACACGCUGUCGCGAAGGAUGUAUUUCUGUCGGUGUACCAUGCUAGCUUCGAAAGCACCGAUGGAUGCUCUGAAGAAAGGAUAAAAUGCCAACUUUUAUGUGCGAGCAUUUUGAGACUUGCAGGCGAAAUCUAUACAAAUGAAGCUGCAAAACAUCACUCUGUGUGCAAAGAAAUUGAUGGUGUCUUGUCUUUAUUUCUGGAAAACAGUACUUGGAAUAUACUUGUUCAGAACUUUUAUAACAUUCAAGACAAGUAUUUGGUUUGGGCUUUUAUUAAAGCAUUAACUGCUCUCUUGUACUGUUUAUCUAAAACGUCUUUCAAGAAACACCUUGAAGUUUUUCUUCAGAAACUGGAAAUGACAGGCUUUGAUGAGAGUAAUGUGCCAGUUUUAGAAUUGCUGAUUUCAUUAGUAAACAAUUGUUUGAAGUCGCCCAGCAUUACUUCUAAUAAAAGCAAGUGUAGAGGUGCUGUCCACUGCAUUGUGGAAUCCGUUAAAGAUCUUUGCUUUUGCUGUUGUGUGGAGUUAUCUAUUAGAUGGGAACUAUUUGUAAAACAGUUCAGAGAAAUUUCAAGUUUUUCACAGGAAAGUAAAGUGUUGAACUCAUUUCUUGUUCUCUGGAAAUCUUUCUCUGAAAUCCAACUAAGCGAAGAUAAAAACUGCAUAUUUUUUAAUGAGCAGUUUGCUGUUGAGUUUUUGUUUUAUCCUUGUGGAAUGUCUGUGACAACCUUUGAACUUUAUCUGGACGUCAUUAUGCAGAUUUUCUGCUCAAGUAUAAAAUAUGAACCUUGGCAGCAACUAGAAAAAGAUACUAUUGAGCAAACUGUAGCUGCUGCUGUUUCUGAAGGGUUUUUUGAUAGACUGCCAUGUUAUGAAAUCUCUGGAGUUUGCAGUAUGAAUACUGAAACUUGUAAUAAAAGCAAAAAAUUUUGUAGUUCCAUUCAAGUACCUGAUGUACCACCUAAAUGCAAUUUGAUUAUAAUAAGAAAAGUCACCUAUAUAUUCUUAAACAUUUUAUGUGAAGUUAACAAUGUACGUUUAUUACAUGAUGCAUUACAAAAGACUUUUGCUUUUGUGAAAGACAGGGCAAAUGCUGCUUGUGUACCAGUGUACAUUUGGAUCGUGGAUACAUUUAUUGAUCAAGAUGAUCUGUUGUUUGGUGCCAUGCUGGCAUUAUUGAAGAUAUAUAUCAAUGUGAAUAAAAGUGAAUGCAUUGAGAAAGAGAGUUUUUACAUCAAUUCUAUCAAGCAAGAAUUGAAUCCUCAUAAAAUUUUCAUUUCAUUUUUACGCCAGAUGGGUUAUGAUCAUAAUGAAUUAUUAGCUUUCUUAACAUCUGAUGAGACUUGUGUUCUUUUAUAUCUGGUUCAGUAUUUGAAAUGUGUGCUCUCAGAAUGGGAAGUUUUUGUUGAAUCGCAUACUUCAGCAAGUAACAAAGAAAGAACAGGGAAAGGCAGUGUCAUUGACAGUAUUUUUGCUUCCCCACAGUCGAGUUUAGAUAUAGCAAUUGUCACACCACUUCAAGUUUCAGUUCCUGAGAAGCAGUUAGUUUCUUAUUCAUGCAGUUCUAGUUCUGAUGAAGAAGGUGAUCUUGUGACAAAAAGUGGAAUUUUCAAUCCAUCAAAUUUGAAAGAUUCAAAAAUAUCUGUAUACUCUACUUUAUCAGUUUUAACCAGAUUAAGAGAGGGAAUUCAGAAGCUGGUUCAUGUGAAAGAAUUCCCGUAUAAUGUACUACCACUUAUUAAUCUCUUAAAAACUUGUGAAGAAUAUGGUACUGCAUUUGCAUGAUAGCAAAUAAAUAGAAACUGUAUAGUUUGCUUUCCCUGUGCUGUGAUAUAAUGGAUAUACAUAAGUCAUUGUUACAUUGAAACCUGUUGAAAAAUGUAUUUUUUUAAAAUAUAUUUAUUGAAAUUGAUAUUUAUA